UUCCACCUUCAUUUGAAUGUCCACUUCUGCUCUCUCUCUCUCUCUCUCACCAAACAUUCCUGGCACACAGAUUCCAUCAAACCUUCACCAUCCCAAAUUAUACUACCAGGGGGGGUUUCUUCAGUAUCCAAACAUGGAUGAAGGAGACUUAGAAAAGGGGCUGAUGACUCCAACAAAGCAUAAUCAUAAUCAAAACCCGAACCCGAACCCUCUCGGGGAGCCAUCGCCGUCGCCCUCUCCGUCUUCCGCAACGGCUCCAGCGCUGGUGCUGUCGAAUUCGGGGAAGCGGAUGGAUCAAGCUGGGAAGAAAAAGUAUGUCAAACAAGUGACGGGUAGACAUAACGAUACGGAGCUCCAUCUGGCGGCCCAACGAGGGGAUCUGGCGGCCGUGAAGCAGAUUCUUGAUGACAUUGAUUCGCAGAUGGUGGGGACGUUAAGCGGGGCUGAUUUCGAUGCGGAAGUUGCUGAGAUUCGCGCGUCUGUGGUGAAUGAGGUUAAUGAGUUGGGUGAAACCGCGCUGUACACCGCUGCUGAAAAGGGGCAUCUUGAGGUUGUCAAGGAGCUGUUGAAGUACUCGAAUAAAGAAACGAUCACUAGAAAAAGCCGGUUGGAGUUCGACACGUUGCAUAUAGCUGCUAGUCAAGGACAUGAUGCCGUGGUGCAACUACUCCUCGAUCAUGAUCCGUCACUAUGCCAAACACGAUCCCAAAGAAACGCGACGCCUCUAAUAACUGCGGCUACAAGAGGACACACUGCUGUCGUUAAAGAGCUGCUAUCAAAAGACAGCAGUUUGUUACAUAUUCCAAAAUCCAAUGGGAAAAAUUCGUUGCAUUUUGCAGCGAGAUCUGGGCAUGUUGAGAUUGUGAAAGCUCUACUUGACAAAGAUCCAACUCUCGCUAGAAGAACAGACAAUAAAGGACAAACUGCGUUACAUAUGGCUGUAAAAGGUGUUAGCAGUGAGGCCGUAAAAUUGCUGCUCGAAGCUGACCCAGCUAUCGUUAUGCUGCCGGACAAGUCCGGUUUUACCGCAUUGCAUGUUGCUACCAGAAAAAAACGCGCAGAGAUAGUAAACGAGCUGCUUAGCCUACCGGAUACGAGUGCUAACGUCAAUGCAUUAACCAGAGAUCACAAAACGGCUCUUGACAUAGCCGAAUCGCUACCCUUAUCUGAAGACUCUUCAGCUAUAAUAACCUGUUUGACUCGAUGUGGUGCGGUCCGGGCAAACGAACUGAACCAACCAAGAGACGAGUUAAGAAACACGGUGACUCAGAUCAAAAACGAUGUCCACACACAACUGUUACAAACUAAGAAAACAAACAAAAACGUUAGUGGAAUUGCUAAAGAGCUCAGAAAGCUCCACCGCGAAGGCAUUAAUAACGCCACCAAUUCAGUAACCGUGGUGGCGGUGCUUUUCGCAACGGUCGCAUUUGCUGCUAUUUUCACAGUCCCUGGCGGUGACGACGAUCAUGGGAUGGCGGUGGUGGUGGACCGGGCUUCUUUCAAAAUCUUUUUCAUCUUUAAUGCGAUUGCGCUUUUCACUUCGUUAGCGGUGGUGGUGGUUCAGAUUACGCUGGUUAGAGGUGAGACGAAAGCAGAAAGAAGGGUGGUUGAGGUGAUUAACAAACUGAUGUGGUUAGCUUCUGUGUGCACAUCGGUUGCGUUCAUGGCUUCUUCUUAUAUAGUGGUUGGUAGAAAGUACGAAUGGGCUGCUAUUUUGAUAACGGUCGUGGGCGGUGUUAUAAUGGCAGGGGUUCUUGGAACCAUGACUUACUAUGUGUUUAAGUCGAAGAAAACACGGCUAAAGAGAAAGAAGGAGAAGAUUGCAAAAAGCGGUUCAAACUCCUGGCAUCACAACUCUGAGUUUUCCAACUCGGAAGUUGACCGAAUCUAUGCGAUAUGAGGUAUUAUUAUUGUUAUCGUUGUUUAUAGGUAGGUUUAGUCAACAAUAGUCAACAAUUGACUCUGAAGUUAUGGAGUCAGAAUACCAUAUCUCCAGCUUUUGGUCACUGGCCAUGAAGCUAUAACCGGAUACCCACAGAAGAACAAAUUGACCCUUACAUGAUUUCAAAGAGUUGAGCCGUUGAGGACAGUUAUUGAUAAAUUGUAUUAUGAUUUGAGUUCGCUCCUAAAUUUCAAAAUUUUAUUAUAAGUCUUUAUGGGCACAUUUUGUUGCCCGUCUACCUGCCAUUAGUCUGUAAUCGUCUCUGUUUUGUUGAAAAUAUAAAUAUUGGAUGAUUAAGGGGUUAAAAUUCCUCAACCCUCUUGAAUUGAGUAUCAAACUGGAUGUAAACAUCA